UUAGGAAUUUAUUUUUGCAUCUACUUCCACCAAACUUCGCUUUGUGCAUCGCUUCACGUACGCUCGGCGCGAGCUUCUGAUCUUCUUAUGGUUGAAAUGGACACGCAAAAGCUCCUCUGUUCUGUUCUCUGCUGCUUCUGCUUCCUCUUCUCCAUCCUCUCUGGGCGGCAACAAGCUGUGCAAGGACAUCAUCAUGUACCCUCUAAUAUUCGUCCGCUGAAACUCUUCGUCUUUGGAGAUUCUUAUGCUGACACAGGCAACACCAAUAAAUCUCAAUCCGCUUGGAAAUAUCCCUAUGGCAUCACCUUUCCGGGAAAACCAGCUGGUCGUUUCUCGGAUGGCCGUGUCCUUACCGAUUAUGUUGCUAAGUUCUUGGGACUUAAGUCUCCGAUUCCAUAUGAAGGGUGGAAAUCAUCAUCACGUGGGAUUCCAUUGUUGAAAUACGGAAUGAAUUUUGCUUAUGGAGGCACGGGUGUAUUUGUUACCGUUUUCCCCAGCCCAAAAAUGACAGUCCAGAUCGAUAUCCUCGAACAUCUUCUCAAAGACAACGUGUUUACCGCUAAAGACCUAGAGAGCUCCGUGUCCUUGGUCAGUCUCGCUGGUAAAGACUACUUAGCUUACAUUGGCACGAACGGAUCUUCUGAGGGAUUGCAAUCUUUCAUUACGACAGUGGUCAAUCAACUUGCUAUCAACUUGAAACGAAUUCAUGGCUUGGGAGUUAAAAAAAUAGCCGUGACAGGUAUAGUGCCUUUUGGAUGUCUCCCUAUUUUCACAGGCACAUCCUCAUUCCAACAGUGCAAUGAGACAUAUAACUCGUUCCUCGGUUUCCACAAUCUUCUAUUGAAUCAAACCGUGGAAAAGCUGAACAAGGAAACAGAGGAUUCUCCCUUUUUCAUUAUUGAUCUUUAUGCUUCGUUCACGUCCGCCAUCAAGAACGAAGGAAGUAUAAAGUUUGAGAAUCCAUUGAAGCCAUGCUGUUUGGGUACUACUGUAAGCGGCGAAUAUUUUACUAUAAGCGGCGAAUAUUUUACCUGUGGGAGGGUAGAUGAAAAUGGAGCCAAGAGAUAUACACUUUGUGAGAAUCCCAAAUCAGGAUUCUUUUGGGACUUAGCUCAUCCUUCGCAGGAGGGAUGGCGUGCUGUGUAUUCAGCUUUGCAAGCCACUCUUGAACAAUAUUUUCUCCACUAGAUCAUGAUCAGUUCGCCCCAAAAAAAAACUAUUAAUUAAGCAAUGCAUGAGGCUAUGUAUAAUGAAUAAUCUCCUCUGGCAUAAUUACCAAUAUUAAUGCUAUUAGGUAGGCGGCAGGAUCCUCUACUACUUGUCCUGAUCUAUCUUAAAUAUUUUCCAAAUAAAUCAUAAGUAAUAAUAGAAAUGAAAUUAUCAUUUAAUUA